UUACAAUGUUCUUCCGAAUUCCAAUCUCUUCAUACCACCAGGCCGCCAUUGUCAUCAACCUCGAGCUUAUUCUGAACUCGCUAGGGUUACAAAUGGAGAAUAAACACAAGCUUAAAAUCGCAUUCACAGUCACUUUUCUUGCUGUGGCUUCAAUUUUACUUGCGAACAAGUUUCGAAAACAUCGAAAGCGAAAACAGAACUCAACUUCUUGUUACUUGAAAUCGGAAGCAAAACCGCAGCAUAAUUUCAAGCGUGUGUUAGCGAACAAUUCGUAUGCUCCGUUCAAGCACCUCAAGCUCGACGAAAAUUCUUCGGAUUUGCAUCCGUAUGAAUCAGAGAUCAAGGCUCUGUUGGAGAAAUUACAGCUAGAUAUUGAGUUUUCUAAUGGAAGUAUGGAUAUGAAGAUGAGUGAUAAGUAUGUUUGGGUUGAUGAUGAAUUAAAGUUAAAAGAACUUGUGGAAGUUUUAAGUGAAGAAAGAGUGUUUGCUGUGGAUACUGAACAGCAUAGCUUACGGUCAUUCUUAGGGUUUACAGCUCUUAUUCAGAUUUCUACUAGAGAUGAAGAUUAUUUGGUGGACACCAUUGCUGUUCAUGAUAUUAUGGGACUUCUUGGCCCUGUAUUUGCCAAUCCCAAUAUCUGCAAGGUGUUCCAUGGUGCUGAUAAUGAUGUUAUAUGGCUACAAAGGGAUUUUCAUAUAUAUGUUGUAAACUUAUUCGACACUGCAAAGGCUUGUGAUGUUUUAUCAAAACCACAGAGAUCAUUAGCCUACUUACUUGAAACGUAUUGUGGUGUCACCACUAACAAGCUUUACCAGCGUGAAGAUUGGCGACAACGUCCGCUACCAAUAGAUAUGGUUGAGUAUGCUCGGAUGGAUGCACACUAUUUGCUUUAUAUUGCAGACUGUCUCGUUUCUGAGCUAAAAAACCAGAAAAACGAUAAUAGUGCAUCAGAAAAUUCAGCCACUCUCGAUGACGAUUUGCAUUUUGUUUCUGAGGCCAUCCGGCGUUCGAAUGCCUUGUGUCUGCAACUCUUCACCAAAGAUCUAGAAGCUUCCCCAGGGCAAUCUGCUGCUGCUUCUAUGAUUUCUCGCCACUUAAAUGAUCAUGGGAGUUCUGCAAACAACAGCCAGUUUCAGGAUCUUGUUAGACGUCUAUGCUGUUGGAGGGAUUUGAUGGCCCGUAUGCAUGAUGAGAGCCUUAAAUACGUACUAUCUGAUAAUGCUAUUGUAUCUCUAGCUGAAACAGUUCCACUAUCUCCAACUGAUAUCUGCACCACAUUAUCACAAGCUGAUAUAGACACAGAUUUUCUAAAUUCCAAUUCUACCCCUCGGUUUCCAUCCUCUGUUGUCUCGAGUCAUUUGGAUGACUUCCCUUACCUCCUCCAAAACGAGACAAACAAUCUCGACGAUUUAUUUCAACUAAUUCUCAAAAAGCACAUUGGUCCAAACGGUUCUUGUCCUUUUUCACUUUACAACUAUGGUUUACUUUCUAAAACCAACAUUAAAUCUUCAAAGAGAUUAGUUACAAAGGCGAGUGGAUACAAGUUAUCAAAACAAGUUGCUCGCAAGGCUUCUCGAGAGCUGUUUGUUCAGAAGUUCUCUUGCAAAUCUCCGGUGUAUCAUAACUGCAGGAUAUAUGCUAAUGAUGGAAGAUUGUUGUGUUACUGCGAUCGAAGGAAGCUAGAAUGGUAUGUGCAGCGGGACCUAGCGAAAAUUGUUGACGAAGACCCACCAGCCAUAAUGCUUCUUUUUGAACCCAAAGGUCGUCCAGAAGAUGAAGGAAAUGAUUUUUAUAUUCAAAGUAAAAAAAAUAUAUGUGUAGGGUGUGGUGAAGGAAAUCACUAUUUACGGUACCGUAUAAUCCCAUCAUGCUAUAGAAUACACUUUCCCGAACAUUUAAAAAGCCACCGGUCUCAUGACAUUGUUUUAGUUUGUGUCGAUUGCCAUGAAAAAGCACAUUCAUCUGCCGAAAGGUACAAAAAGAAAGUAGCUUUAGAAUUCGGGAUACCGUUAUUUGUACAUAAAGUGGUUAAUUCUAACGAGCAACAAGAUGUUUCCGGAUCUUCGACAUCUGUCAUGAAACUUGGUGAUUGUGGUGUGUCUCCUUUAGAGUUGAGAACGGCUGCAAUGGCUCUUAUUAGGCAUGGCCCACGCAUGCCACCUCAGCGCCGUGAGGAGUUGAAACAGGUUGUCAAGAAAUACUAUGGAGGAAGAGAAAUAUCAGAGGAAGAUUUAGAAAAGGCUUUACUAGUAGGAAUGAGUCCUCACGAAAAAAGACGAUUACGGAAAAAAAGGGGCAUAUCUCUUAACAACACUUCUUCAAACAACAUUGUUUCAGACAACGACAUCAAGGGAGAAGAUAAUGUGGAUUCAUACAAAAAUGAAGUUCACGAGCCCGAAAACGGUUCAAAUCUGGAUAUUACGGAUCCAUCUGAAGUUGAACCAAACGGGCAGGUUCAUUCGAGUUCUGAUGGGGCGGUGUUUGCCACAUGUAGUUCAAAGUUAUCGUUAUUAGGGCAUGGCCCACAUGGGAAACAAGUUGUUGAUUAUUUACUGAAGAACCAUGGGGAAGUUGGGAUUCAAGAAUUUUGUCAAAGAUGGAGGCAAGUUUUUGUUGAAAGUAUUAAUCCUCGGUUUUUGCCUGCGGGGUGGGAUGUGACUCACAGCGGUAGAAGAGAGUUUGGGGACUUCAGUGUAUACAAUCCUGCAAAUAAAGCUCCUGUUGCUACUAAGGAUUAAAGGAAAACAACAUCCGGUUGUGUAGAAGAAGCAGUAGCAGCAAAUGUUGUAGUCUUGUCUGUGUUUGGCUUUUGUUAUUUUAAAACCUAGAUUUCCCUUUGAAAACACUCUGUUGGUUUUUGAGGAUGAUUGUCCAACACUUCAUUAUCUUUGUAUUUUCUGAUUAUCUGUAUUUGAAUAUUAAGCGUAUAAGAGUUUCCAAAAUAA